UCAGCCGGAGAACGACGAGAACGAAGAUGCAGAGACUCAACCUCCUCGUGUGUGUCGGGGCGAUAUGUGCGGCUUCAUCUCUGGCCGUCCUGCUGGACCCCAGAGGAGCCCGACCGGUGGAGCAAGGCACCAGAUCGGAUAAAUGUGCCCCUGAGAAGGAGUGGCCUUUCUGCACAGACGACCAAUGGGGCCCUAAGUGUCCGUCGGGCUGCAGGAUCCAGGGUCUGUUGGACCGGUUCGACCACAACUCUCUGAGGAAGAUCGAGAAGAUCCGCAGCCUCCUGGAGCAGAACAAGGCCAAGCACCGCUCCACCGACCAGGUGACCAAACAGACCUACGACUCCCUGAAGGACAAACUCACCAUCGACGCCGGGAACGAUAACAACUACUACAACCUGGCCCAGACUCUGCGUCAGAGAAUCACAGACAUGAAGAUCAAGAUCGACCGACAGCUGGGGAUCCUGGGAGCCCUGAAGGACCGGAUCAAAGACCAGGUGGUGGAGAUGCAGAGGCUGGAGGUGGAUAUCGACAUUAAGCUCCGUUCCUGCAAAGGAUCGUGUCAAAGCUACACAAAGUACGAGGUGGACCACGAGGACUACGAUGCACUGGGGAAACAGGUCAACCAGCUGGACUCCCAGUCGGCCCAGAACAUCGAGUCCGUGGGGACGCUGUACGUGAUGAAGAGCAGGCCGCUGAAGGCCACCGUUGUGAACAACCUCCAGAAGUCCAAGGACGUGGACGGCGGACAGCAGAGAGACAACAUGUUCCCCGAUGUGCAGAUGGUCGAGUUGAUGCUCGAGCAGGAGGGCUCCAUCUCAUCCCCGGCAACCAUCUCCAAGGUCUCAGGUACUUCGUACACUCAGUCUACACCCUCAUCGGGGUCUUCUUCAUCCUCCUCCUCCUCCUCCUCAUCUUCAUCCAUCACCGAGCUCGGGGGCGAUUUCUUUGACAUGAGCGGCGGCCUCGGCCAGCCCAGCACAAGCCACGUGUCCACCAAAACCAUCACCUGUACCAGGAGCAUCAGGAAGACCAUCGUCCACACGAAGGACGGGCCGGUGGAGAAGACAGAGGAGGUGAUGGAGGGAGGCCCUGAGUGCCAAGCCAUGACGGACAGCACCAAGGGAGGGAUGGGCUCUUUGUUCCCUAGCUUAACAUCCUCCUCCUCCUCCUCCUCCUCCUCCUCCUCCUCCUCCUCUUCUUCUUUGACCAAGACCGUCCACAGCGGCGGCACCAAGGGAAGCCACUUAGAUCUGGGGAAUCCAUUUGGCGAUGACCUCGGCCUUUUCGAGGCGGCCAAUGCCGACGAUGACCUCCCCGAUUUCCACGCCCGGAGUGUGAAGAGCACGCGUAUCGAGCGGCACGCCGAUUAUGUAGGAAAAGAUUGUGUCGAGGCCCACCAGAACCACCUGAAAGGGGAAGCGAACGGCCUGUUUAAGAUCAAACCCGGUGGCACGGACUCCGCACAGGUAGUGGAGGUUUACUGCCAGCAGGAGGGGCUAAUGGGCGGGUGGUUGUUAGUCCAGCAAAGAGAGAGCGGCGCGCUCGGCUUCAACCGCUCCUGGGCCGAGUACCGCGACGGCUUCGGCUCGGUCGACGCCGGGGGCAAGGGGGAGUUCUGGCUGGGCAACCAGAACCUCCACCUGUUGACGAAUCAGGGCGAGAGCAUGCUGAGGGUAGAGGUGGAGGAUUGGGAAGGGGGCGUGGCCGGCGCCGAGUACACAAUCAGGGUCGGCCCAGAGGAGGAGGGGUACCCGCUGCACGUGUCCGGGUACACCGGGGAUGCCGGCGACGCCCUGGCGAUGCCCAACUCCAACAUUGCGUCCCACAUGGGCAUGAAAUUCAGCACUUUCGACAGAGACAACGACAAGUGGGAGGAGAGUUGUGCGGAGAUUUACGGGGGCGGGUGGUGGUACAACAACUGCCAGUCGGCCAACCUGAACGGGAUUUAUUAUAGAGGCACGUACGAGCCGGAGAAAAACACGCCGUACGAGGUCAAAAACGGAGUCGUGUGGGUGACGUAUAAACCGGACAAUUACAGCCUGAAAACCGUCAGGAUGUUUAUCCGACCGGCUGCUUUUUAAUAGGACAUGCAGAAAGUAUGAUCCAGUCACAUAAAGUAUACACUUUCCUGUAUUUAAACCCAAAGAAAGAACAAGACACAAAGAAACAAGAGCCUGAAAACAAAAAAACUUUAAAGUUGCGUCCAGACCUUCAGACUGUCGAUCUGUUGGUAAAUCAUUCUGAGAUUUCAGAACUCAAACAGCGUCGGUGUGUCGCCAUGUGUGUGUGUUUUGUUGUGUAAAUGUCACUGACCUGUUUAUCUCACCAGUGUUCUUGGAACGAGACCUGAAGUUGCCAAACUUGUGUACGGAGCAACGACUGAACUUUGCUCACUCAAUAAAGAUUCAAUGUUCACUUCA